GUCGUUUGCCUGAUUCUUUUCCUCGAAUUGAUGUUUGGAAGCAGAACAUGAUCAGAGAUUUUUCUGAUCUUGAUCUAAGAUCAGGUUCUGUUUAUGGUAUGAGGCCUCUUCUUGAUUUUGAAAAGACAUGCUAUCACAAGGUGCUCUACCUGAUGACCUGAAGAAGUUGUUUUCAAAGUUGAUGAAUCAUGUGUAUUCAUUUAAACAAAAGUCUCAAGAAUUAAUUGUUAAAGUGUUGAAAGAGUUUGCUGACUAUGAAAGUUCAUCUAAUCGGAAUAGUCCUUCUCCUGAUCUACGAUCUAUGUCAGAAAACAUGAAUGUUGUUCCUGAAAUGAUAGAUCCUGAGGUUAUUGUUGAGAAAGUUGAAAGAGGUGCUUCUUUGGCAAAGGAUCCCAGUAAAGCUGCUGUAGAUGUUGGAUCUGGACCUUGUUCUAAGCGUGACAAUCUUAAUUUUCAUUUAGAUGGUUCCCAAAUAGAUAUUUCUCAGCCUUAUGAUUGUAGUUUUAAAAUUGCUCAUCGAGAUGCUGUUGUUGGGAAAUCUUCUUCUCUUGCAGUCCCUUUACCUGAUCUUGGUGAUGUAAUUCCUGUUGUCAAAGAUGAUGAUAUUGAUCCAAAAGUUGAUCCGAUUAAAAUGUCAUCUCAUUAUGUUACUACUCCUAUUGUUAUGCAGACUCUUCCAUUUUCUGAUGAUGACUCUCCUCACAUAACCCCUAAUUUGUCUAAGAAGUUGCCUCCUACCUAUCAGUUGAAUUCAUCCUCUAAGGCUGGUUGCUCUGCUUCUGUUCCAUUAAAUAUAUCUUCUCCUGAGGUUACUGUUGUUGGUUCUCUAAGUCUUUCUCAGAAACUAAAGUCAAUGGGCAAGAAAUCAGAUGCUCUUUAUAAUUCUAAAUUGCACAGUCCUAAGUCUGCUUUUAAAUCUUUAUCCAAGACUCGUGGAUAUCCAUGUCCUUCUCCCAACUCAUUUGGAGGAUCUUCUAGUAAAUCUGACUUCAAGCUAUCUGAUUCUUCAACUGGUGGAAAGGUUCCUAUUCAUGGACCUAGGAGGGCUGUAUUUCCCAGUCGUAUUAUGAGUGAUGAAUUUGAUAUUGUAAGGGUUACAUUCAAAGUUAACAAAUCUCAGAUUAUGAAUUACAAGGCUAUUUGUAAUUUGGCUAUGUCUCGAGAUAGUGGUAAAGAUGCAAUUAUGUCUGGAGGAGUUCGUUGCACUUUUUGGUCUCUUGGUGAAUCUUUAAAGCCUGGUGGUGUAGUGAACAAUUUCGUUAUGGCUGCUUGGUGCUACCAUUUGUACUCUCAGCCAUGUGGUCACCCUGAUGUUUCAAAAUGUCACUUCUUCUUUUCAAAUAUUGGUGAUCAACUUCUCAAAGAUGUAGAUAGUGCAAAUGAAGACAUCUUGAGAAGAGCUUUUACUCGUUCAUCUAAGACCAGGCCUCUUCAUCGUUCUGAUUUGUUGUUUUUCCCCUGUUUCUACGAGGAACAUUGGUUUGUAUUUGUUGUUGAUAUAAAGGAUCAGUGCUUUGUUUUUCUGGAUUCCUACUAUGUGUUACAACCUGAAUUCCAAGUUGAAGUUCGUGACAGACUGAUUCCAAAUUUCAAAUUUUGGUGGGAGAAACUCGUCAUGCUUGAUAUGGGUUUUGAAAUGUAUAAACUUCUUUAUCCAUUUGUUCCUAGGCAGCCUGCUCAGAACAUAUCGGAUUCAGGAGUGUAUGUUAUGAUGUUUCUUGAGUAUUGGAAAUCACCUCGUUCUUCUCUUUUUACCUUAUUCAAGGAGUCUGACAUUCCAAACUUGAGGAUCAAGAUUGCAAAUGAGCUUCUUUUUUCUCCAAAGAAUUCUGGACGAAAGGAUUUAGUUAUCGGUUACAAGUUUGUGGGCGAAGAAGCUGUGUAGAUAUUGCUGUCUCUUUCUGCUGAAGAUGGUGCUAAGAUGUUAGCUGGAUGUUAAAUACAUGUCCAAAAUGCUUUGCUUCAUUGUAAUAUGAGCCAUGGAACAUUCUAUUACAUAAAUAGUGUAGACCUUUAAUCAGUAACGCUUUGUGUGAUGAACAUUCCAAACAGUAAUGUUUGCUGUUACAUUUUCUAUAAAUAGUAUGGAUCUAAAUCAUGAUA